UGGCUGAGCAACCAGGAGAGAGAGCAACACAGACCAAAAGGCUACCGAACUGCUCUGGAAAAAUCAUCGCUCUUUGUUACCACGGAUUACACGUUUCUGUUUAAAGAGAUUUUAGUUUUGAUGUUGUUAAAUUGGUUAUAUAACAAUGCUAAUCAAUUUGCAUGAAGGAAUCAUUACGUUGCUGUUUCUGCACCUAAAUAUUUUCUCCAUCAUUUUGAACGUGCACAGUGAAUUUAUUCACUGAUAAAGCAGUUGAAGCUUCCCUGAGAUUGCCCUGCCGAGAGAGCCACUGAAUUUGCUGGGCGUGCGAGGCUGCGGCGUUUCUACCGCGUCUCGAUUGCGUUUUUGCUUUUAAUAAAGAAAUUGGAAGUUUUUAGAAACAAGCACACAGUUAUGGAGACCCCUGGACUUUGGAUACGAAUUCCAGUUUCAAACAGAGAGAAAGGCUUAAAGUAUCCAUGCCGGCUGCAAUACAUAGAAAGAGCUCCGUAAUAGAAAUGAGCCCUGCCAUGUCAGUCUGCUAAUCUGUGAUGCUCUGUAAAACACUCAGUUUGAAUCGCUUGGGAAACCCGUGCUGUGAAGAGACGAGCUAUUUCAGCAAGUGAAUGUUAGACUGUGACUGUCUGCGAUUCUGUUUUGCUGCAGUACAUUUUUUCUUCCUUUUUUUCUAUUUCUAUUGCAGUUGUAUAGUACUUAUUAUCGGUCCUAAACACAAGUAAAGCCAUUUCCGUUAUAUCUUUGAACGAGCGGAGACCCGGCAGGAGUGCUCUGAAUCGUUUGUUACAGUAUCAGCCUCUCUUUAAUUCUCCAGGAAAGUAUUCGAUUGUUUUUUUCAUUUUACAGAUGUCACAGCAUCACCUGAAUUUAAGCUCUCCUCGAUACCUGGAGAUAAGAAAUGAUGUUCUCUCAAUCAUGACAAUUUAGUGGACUUACUGUUGGCUCUAAAUGAAUUCUGUUUCUUCCCCUGUGAUCUUCAUGACUCGGUACCACUACCGUUAAAAUUACAUUCCAGCGGAUAGCGCAGACCUCUUUCCUGAGGUGCAUUUGCUCAGUUGCUGCGGCCCACUCUCAGAGCAGCGUUUAGCGCUUAGUGUGGGGGAGAUGGCAGCUGCACUUGCCAGCUCUCUGAUCCGACAAAAACGUCAGGCUAGGGAAUCCAACAGCGACCGCGUUUCAACCUCCAAACGCCGCCCGAGCCCCAGCAAAGAUGGGCGAAACCUUUGUGAGAGACACGUAUUAAGCGUUUUCAGCAAGGUGCGCUUCUGCAGCGGCAAGAAAAAACCAGUCCGGCGGAGACCACCUGCAGAACCCCAGCUGAAAGGUAUUGUCACCCGGUUAUUCAGCCAGCAGGGAUUCUUCCUGCAAAUGCAUCCCGAUGGGACCAUCGAUGGGAACAAGGAUGAGAACAGUGAUUACACUCUGUUCAAUCUGAUCCCUGUGGGCUUGCGUGUGGUAGCAAUACAGGGAGUGAAGGCUGGCUUGUAUAUAGCGAUGAAUGGCGAAGGAUACCUCUACACCUCAGAUGUGUUCACACCGGAGUGCAAAUUUAAGGAAUCAGUGUUUGAAAACUACUAUGUCAUCUACUCCUCAACGCUGUUCCGACAGCUGGAGUCCGGCCGGGCCUGGUUCCUGGGACUCAACAAGGAAGGGCAGGUCAUGAAAGGAAACCGGGUGAAGAAAACAAAACCCUCAUCACACUUUGUACCAAGACCAAUCGAAGUGUGCAUGUAUAGAGAGCCAUCACUGCAUGAAAUUGAAGAGAAAAAGGGAGGCUCUAGAAAAAGUUCAGGGACUCCAACCAUGAAUGGAGGCAAAGUGGCCAAUCAAGACUCGACAUAACAGGAUCUUCACAACCCCCUCCACAGAGCACUGGAAUAGGCUGGCAGUGUGUGAAAGUUUUGUCAGUUUCUUACACAUUGGUGAAAAAAACUAAAGAAAACAAGGACUGAACCGUUUUAGAGAAGAAUAUAUAUAUAUAUUUCAAAUCAGGACUUGAAUUCACAUUUUAUGCAAAAGUCUGCUGUGUGACAACAAGGAAAGUUCAUGUUUGCAUUCUGAUAAUAAAAAGUGAACUUUAAAAGUUA